GAAAGAAAUCGAAGAGACUUGCACAGAAAGAAAUCACACUGGACAGGUAGCCUCCGUUUGGUUGAGGAGAAAAUGGCGACAGCUUCAACGGAGAGGUCACUGGCGGAGCCCAUGGCGGAGGAGAGGUGUACGGCGAAGACGAAGCAACAAGGCGAGGGACUCAAGCAGUACUAUCUGCAACACAAUCACGAUCUCCAGCUCCAGGUCCGCCAGAAGGCUCACAAUCUCAACCGCCUUGAAGCCCAACGCAAUGAUCUCAAUUCUCGAGUGAGGAUGCUUAGAGAAGAGUUGCAACUUCUUCAGGAGCCUGGAUCAUAUGUUGGUGAAGUUGUCAAAGUUAUGGGGAAGUCAAAGGUCUUAGUUAAGGUACAUCCAGAAGGGAAGUAUGUUGUAGAUAUUGACAAGAACAUAGAUAUCACAAAGAUCACACCAUCAACUAGAGUUGCUUUACGGAAUGAUAGCUAUGUGCUCCAUUUGAUCUUGCCAAGUAAAGUAGAUCCCCUCGUAAACCUUAUGAAAGUUGAAAAAGUUCCAGACUCCACAUAUGACAUGAUCGGUGGUCUUGACCAGCAAAUUAAAGAAAUAAAAGAGGUCAUUGAGCUUCCAAUUAAACACCCUGAACUGUUUGAGAGUCUUGGAAUAGCUCAACCAAAGGGAGUCCUGCUGUAUGGGCCACCUGGUACAGGGAAAACUUUGCUUGCAAGGGCAGUAGCUCAUCAUACUGACUGUACUUUCAUCAGGGUUUCUGGUUCUGAAUUGGUUCAGAAGUACAUUGGUGAAGGCUCCAGAAUGGUUAGAGAACUUUUCGUGAUGGCGAGGGAGCAUGCACCAUCAAUAAUCUUUAUGGAUGAGAUUGACAGUAUUGGAUCUGCUCGUAUGGAAUCAGGAAGUGGCAAUGGUGAUAGUGAAGUCCAGCGGACUAUGCUGGAGCUUCUCAAUCAACUGGAUGGAUUUGAAGCAUCCAACAAGAUAAAAGUUUUAAUGGCUACAAAUCGAAUUGAUAUUCUUGACCAAGCCCUCCUCAGGCCAGGACGGAUUGACAGGAAGAUCGAGUUUCCAAAUCCCAAUGAGGAGUCUCGCUGGGAUAUUUUAAAAAUACACUCGAGGAAAAUGAAUUUGAUGCGUGGGAUCGAUCUGAAGAAGAUUGCAGAGAAGAUGAAUGGUGCAUCUGGUGCAGAGCUCAAGGCGGUAUGCACAGAAGCAGGGAUGUUUGCUUUGAGGGAGAGGAGGGUUCACGUAACACAGGAAGAUUUCGAGAUGGCUGUAGCCAAAGUGAUGAAGAAGGAGACGGAGAAAAACAUGUCCUUGAGGAAACUUUGGAAGUAGACACUAUUCAUUUGUUUUAUUUGUUGCCCUUUUCCCUCUCAUGAAGCAAAUACCCACUAACCUAUAUGAAGUUAUAACCCAUCAUGUCUAGGGGCUUCACUUUUCUUAUUGGUCUCCUGCUCUCUCUCUUUCUCUCUCUAUCUAUCUAUUUGAAUGUGCUUUGGAAAGGAAUGAAGACACACAUGAUUCCUCUUUGAAUUUCAAUAGUUCAUCAUAACAAUUGCAUGCCUGAAUGCUAUGACAACUGACACAAAGUGAUUUCAUUUUCA